AUCUCAAAGCUUUUGAAAGAAGACUUACCGAAUAUAUUGCAUGUUUGCAACCAGCUACAGGACGUUGGAGAAUGAUUCUGAUAGUGGUGUCAGUCUGCACAGCGACUGGUGCCUGGAACUGGUUAAUAGACCCAGAAACACAAAAGGUGUCAUUUUUCACAUCACUUUGGAAUCACCCAUUUUUCACAAUUAGUUGUAUUACCCUAAUAGGCUUAUUCUUUGCUGGAAUACAUAAAAGAGUGGUGGCACCAUCAAUUAUAGCAGCCCGAUGUCGAACUGUUUUGGCAGAAUAUAACAUGUCCUGUGAUGAUACUGGAAAACUAAUUUUGAAACCUAGGCCUCAUGUUCAAUAAGGGCUGUUUUCCUUCAGUUUUUUCCACUGCCAUGGAAACCAAAAAUGACUUUUUUAAGGUAGUGUGACAGCAAAAACCAAACAGGACUGGUUGCCGCUGCCUGGGAGUGAAAGUCUUACACAGUUAACAGUGAAAGUGUGCAAUAUUACUUCUUGAAUACUCAUCCAAAUUCUUUGUUAUCAUAUUAUCAGUGCUUUUGCUACUUCUGAUUACCUCUUUUUCAGUAUUAGUGUCACUUUUUUACUUCAGCUAGAGGAGAACAUACAGGCGAAGUAUGUUAAUCGGCUAUGAAGUUGAACUUGAAAAUCAAACCUCGUAUGUGUCUUUGUAAGCUAUUGUAAAUAGCAGGUGGAUGCCAGUGUUCAGGAAAAGGAAGUAGUAUGUGCUGUAUGGAUUUCUUUUUGUUCUCAUGAACAGUAUUGAUAGGAACACUUACCAUUCCCAUGAUGUUAUUAGCACACUUACUCGUUACAGCUGUCCUUGUCUCCUGGUCAUUCUUUUUGGAACCGGUUAAAGGCUUGCGGAAAGACUGUCUGUCCUGGAGAAAACUGGUCUCGCUAUUUAAGAACUGCAGCUGCAUCAAGGAUCACGUUUGUCAGUCUGUAUGUGUAGUGCACCAGCCACUUCUGUUGUGGUCAUACGUAGUUCAUGGUGUGAUCUGGUUCACGACACCGCUCUUUUUAGAUUUUAGUAUUUUAAAAAUUGAUUGAAAUAUGCUUGUAUCUUCCUGACUAAGGUUGUACUGUAUCUGAAGUCCAUGUGACCAUUCUGAGGGGAUUUUUAUGCGAUGAUAGUCCAAAUAUUAAACUAGUAUUGAAAAAUGUGUAACUUCAGAUUUGAUGAAGAAAAUAGAGUGCCACAAUAAAAUAACAGAUUUUAUUGUAGAGUGUUAAAAAUGAGAUGUGGAUGUCAUGUGCAUAAAGUGUAACUUUUGAAUGGCAAAAUUCUAAAAAGAGUUUUGAGUUGUUCAAGGUGCCUUUUUAAUUGUUUCAAACUCUUUUAAUUGACUAAAACUGCAAAGCUUUUGCAACUUCAGUAACUCCUACUACAAGCUAGACAGGCUUUUAAAGGCAGCCUAUGGAUGUAACCAUGUCAGUUAAGACAUGCAGAAUUGUCUGCUAUACUUUUUCUCUUCUGCCCAUCCAUUAUUUUUAACUGCUGUAUAUUUUGUAGGUCAAUGUGUAUAAAAUAAAUUCUUUGUAUAAACAG